AAUGUGUACAACGUUUAGUCUUCACAUUAUGUUUAUACUAUAGUAAUAAGAAAUGUAACACAUAGCUCUGAUGCAAUAUCCUGUGCAGUUCCUACCAUAGUUCCGACACCAGCGGGUUUGAUUCCCGGCGAAAUGUGAUCCUGCAUUUGUCCCUUUAAUAGGAAUUAGGGAUAAACCUAGGGAAUGUCAAGGAGGCACUGUCUCCUGACCUCUCUCUACGAGCACGAGAGACACGGGGAACCUGAGUUAUACAGGACGAUACUACAGCAUGAAACGUUGACAGAAGAGGAAUAGUAGGAACAUGCUACAGUCAGAAAGUUAAUGAGAAUAGCAGCCGAGAGCCGUGAUGUGAUUUACCUUGCCACUUUACUACGGGAGGACAGAGCGAGAGAGACUACAAAAUCACAAGGUCCGGGUCAGUCGGUUACCAGGCGACAGGGUCCAUCUGUCGGGCAGCGGUGCGGUCAACAUGGCAGACGUCUUGGAGAGUGGCAGGGCGGGUGCAGGCUCCGUAGUAGGAGCGGGUAGCGUGGAUUGGCAGAAGCGUUGUGUUGCCCUGGAGAUGCAGCUGCUCAGAUUUCGUCUGCAGGCGGGGAAGAUCCGAGAGCUGCUGGCCGAGAAGAUGCAGGGGUUGGAGCUGAGGGUGACAGAGUCUGACCAACGGGCUGAGAGGGCUAAGAAACAGAUCCAUGUCAUGGAAGAGAAGCUGAAAUAUGCAGACGUACAACCCAAUGAAUCAGAGAACUCAGUGUUCAGAAGGUACCAGGACCUGACCAAUCAGGUGCAGGAGAAAGAUGCAGUGAUAAAGAGAUUAGAGGUGCAGCUGGAAAAACAGAUCUUAGUCAGAGCCCAGGAGGCUAAGAUCAUUGAGGAGAAGGCUGCUAAAAUCAAAGACUGGGUUACGUUUAAGCUACGAGAGAUGGAGAUUGAGAACCAGCAGCUGAAAAUGUCCAACCUGAAGCAGGCCGAACAGAUUAUGAUGCUGGAGGACAAACUGCAAGCUCUCCUGGAGAAGCCUUCAUCUCCCCUCCCCCCCACCUCUCCUUCCACAGACACCCACCAGGUACCCUCCAGCCCUCUGUACCCCUCAUGCUGUCCUGGGACCCCAACUGUCCAGGAGGAGACAGGCUGGGGGAGACAGACAGGUCCAGGGGACAGAGCAGAGCAGCCCUGUAAACCCAGAGGAGACAGAGGAGACACAACAGGCCACGGCACUGUGACAGUAACCCUGCCAGACACUCCCUCUCUGGGCAGCAAGUGCAGGGAGGCUGGAGCUGGACCUGGUAGUCCUGUUCUAACCACUGGAGGCCAGGACCAACCACUAGGUAGCGCUACUCCCAGAGAUCACUCCUCGGACGAGCUCAACAGCAGGUUCCGCUCCCAACGUCUCCACUCUUCCUCCUCUUCUUCUUCCUCCUCCUCAUCUUCCUCUGCCUGUGAAACAACACAAGGUGGUCCCAGGACCCCUGAUAUCCUUACCUCCACCUCCAUCCCCAAAAACCCACUCCUCUGCCGCUCUCCAUCUAACUCCCACCCCUUCCAGACCCACACCCAGCCCCUGGCACUACCCUCCCAUACUGGGACCAGCAUGACCCUACCCAAGGUGCGGACCCCUCUGACCCCGCGAGACAGCAUCCAGCUGCUGAAGAAACACUACAGUCAGCCCCAACCUGGAGGUGUGGACCGGCUACACCACCUCAACGUCGCCAUAGACAUCAUGACUGCUUCCAGCACCCAGAGCCUUGCGUCUCCCUCCACCUGCAGUCACUUCCUGGUGGAGACAGAUAUAGAUGAUGGGCUGCCUGACAGUAUGGAGGGAGUGGUAGAGGGGGCAGAGGGUCCUCCCCAGGAAGGAGUGUCGUUUGUUGGGUUGGCUGAGGGUCUGGAACUGCUGGAUCCUGAGGUUCUGAAACCCCCCACCCCACCUCUUCACCGCUUGCCCUCCUGGGAGAGCCGUAUCUAUGCUGUGGCCAAGUCAGGGAUGACAGUAUCGGAGACGACCACUGGAGCCAGAGGUCCUGGUCCAGGAAAACCACAGUACCCUGCCGCAGGACCAUUCACUCACCUGAUUUACAAGAACAUCACUGUACCCGUGUAUACCACACUGAAAGGGAAAGCCACUCAGAUCAGCAGUGUGCCCCUGCAUGAUGAUGACUCUGGUUCGGAGGAUGACAGUGGCUCUCUGGCCAGCCUCAGGACCUCCACCCUGGGCCCAGAAAGGAAGGGCAGCACCCCCGGGAGCCCCCGUGCCGUCAAGAGGGGUGUGUCCAUGUCAUCCAUUAGCUCUGAAAGUGACUACGCCAUCCCUCCUGAUGCCUACUCCCUGGAAUCUGACUACUCUGAGCCAGAACACAAAGUCCAGAGAACAUCUUCAUACUCCUGCGAGAGCCUGCGAGAGCCUGAGAUGCUGGAGAAGUCAGGCUACCUGCUGAAGAUGGGCAGUCAGGUUAAAGCCUGGAAGAGACGCUGGUUCCUCCUGAGGAACGGAGAGAUCUUCUACUACAAGUCUCCGAGCGAUGUGAUACGGAAGCCUCAGGGUCAGAUGGAGCUGAACUCUUCCUGUCGUAUCGCCCGUGGAGAAGGAGCACAGACCUUCCAGUUGAUAACAGAGAAGAAGACAUUAUUUCUGACGGCUGACUCUCCCAACAUCUUGGAGGAGUGGAUCAGAGUUCUACAGAACAUCUUCAAAGUCCAAGCCAGCAGCCCCAUCGCCAUGGAGACCACCACCGCCAAACCCACCGUGAGGGGCUGGCUCACUAAGGUGAAGCAUGGCCACUCUAAGCUGGUAUGGUGCUCUCUGGUCAGCAAGGUCUUCUAUUAUUACAGGAACCAGGAUGACAAGCUCCCCCUAGGCCAGCUGCGGAUGCGUGAGGCGGUGGUGGAGGAGGUGGACAGGUCAUGUGACUCUGACGAGGACUACGAGGCCAGUGGGCGUGGCUUCUUGUCAUCUCACUGUACCCUAGUUGUCCACCCCAGAGAGCAGAGCCCCACCUACCUGCUCAUAGGGACCAAGCAAGAGAAGGACACCUGGCUGUACCACCUGACAGUCGCGGCAGGCAGCAGUGCCAGCUUCAAGGUGGGCACAGAGUACGAGCAGCUGGUCGGGAACCUCCUAGACGUAGAGGGAGAUCCAGACUCUGCGUUGUGGAGGAGUGAGUCUCUAUGUUUCUGUAAAGACGGCCUGCGCUCCCCUCUCACCACUCUACCCUCUGAAGCUCUGCAGACUGAAGCCCUCAAACUCUUCAAGUCCUGUCAGCUGUUCAUCAACGUACUGGUGGAGUCUCCCUCCAUUGACUACCACAUGUCCCUGGCCCAGAAUGCAUUGCAGGUGUGUCUGACACACCCAGAGCUCCAGAACGAGAUGUACUGUCAGCUGAUUAAACAGACCAACCGCCGCACACCACACAACUCCUCCCUCACUCAGUGCUGGCAGCUGUUGGCUGUGUGUGUGGCUCUCUUUCUGCCUCAGCAACACUACCUGUGGUACCUGAGACAGUACCUGCAGCGUCAUGCAGACCCCAGGAGUGAGGUGGGGAAGUAUGCUGUGUACUGUCAGAGGUCUGUAGAGCGUACCUUGCAGAAUGGAGAGAGAGAGGCAAAACCAUCACGUAUGGAGGUCCUGUCUAUCCUGCUGAGGAACCCUUACCACCACUCACUACCCUUCAGCAUCCCUGUCCACUUUAUGAACAUCACCUACCAGGUGGUAGGCUUUGAUGGCUCCACCACAGUAGAUGAGUUCCUGAGCACCCUGACCCAGAGGGUGGGCAUGAGGAAACCACACCUGUCAGGCUUCGCUCUCUUCACGGACGACCCCUCAGGGAGAGACCUGGAGCACUGCCUGCAGCCCAGCGUCAAAAUCUGUGAUGUCAUCUCCAAGUGGGAACAGGCCCUGAAAGAACUGCAUCCUGGGAAAUACGAGGGCACACGCAUCGUCCGUCUGAUGUACAAGAGCAGGUUGUGUUUACGGGCCCAGGCUAAAGGAGAGACAGAGCGUGAGCGCCUCCUGCUGACCUACCAGGUGAAUGACGAGGUCCACCAGGGACACUUCCCUGUCAACAAGGAGCUGGCUCUGGAAGUGGCUGCUCUCAUGGCACAGGUGGAGCAUGGGGAUCUGGACCGUCCAGCCCCCUCCUCUGCUAGCUGCAGCUCUCCUCAGCCCAAAACCCAACAAAUCCUCUUACAGGCCCUGGGACGCUUCUACCCCAAGCACUACAAACAAGACUGCAGCAUGGACCAGCUCAGAGAUCUAUCGGAGCGUCUGGCCACUAAGUGGUCAGUCCUGCGCGGCUGCAGUGCCUCAGAGUGUGUCAGAAUCUACCUGACCGUUGCCAGGAAGUGGCCGUUGUUCGGUGCCAAGCUCUUCCAUGCUAAGCCUUUUCCCCUGUCGUCUGUAGAGCAGUCCCAGGUCUGGUUAGCUGUCAAUGAGGAUGGACUGUGUGUGCUUGACUAUACCAUGCACCUUCUGGUCACCUACUCCUACCAAUCAGUGAUCACCUUUGGCGGUUGCCGUGACGACCUGAUGGUGGUAGUGAGCCAGACCAAAGAACAGGAUGGAGGGAAGGAGAGUGUGGAAAAACUGGUCUUCUCUAUGCCCAAACCCAAGAUCUUGGAGUUGACUCUGUUGAUGGCCAGCUACAUUAACUACUGGACGCCCAGCCUCCCUGGCCCCCCUAUAGCCCAGCACAAGUCCCCAGGACCCGUCUCUCCUCUGGGGCCCCGCGGGACCGGGACAGGGGCUGCAAAGAUGUGGAACUUAGACAGCAGACACUUCCCCUCCAUGACUUACACCACCAAGGGUCCCACACUACUGUGAAUAUGUCAAACAACAACAACAGCAGCAACAAUCAACACUCUUGUUCCAGUUUAUCUUCGGGACAAGACGGUUGUGUCCAGUACUCUCCUUAAAGAAGAAAACAGACUAAAACAUGGAGAAUCUAUACCUGGACCUGGUCAAAUAAUAAAUGUUUGUUUUCCAUUUCAAAACAUUUUUGCAACGGUGUUCCCCACUGGACAUGACCCAGGACUGAGAAACUAUUACAGGCUGUUGUGGUAAAGAGGACAUUACUCCACAUAUGUUACGUCACUGGCUGUGGCUCUUCUAUGUUAUCCUCAUCCCCUCUAGCCUGAAGUGGAUUCUAUUCCAUAUACACAGGACGUUUCAUUUCUGAAAGAAAAAAAACAUUUACCGUGAAGAAAUGGGAGAUGCAAGAUAUAAUCAUUUGUGGUUCACUUUAUAUGAAGAUGCCGCUCUUCAAAUGUUUGAGUUUUAGUCCGUGCUUAAUUUAGGAAAAAUAUGCUAUUUGAAGGACUAUCUGAAAAACAAUUGAGCCUUGAAAUAGGACCAAUACACACCCUACUUCUUGACCUUGGCUGUCUGGCCGUUAUCCACACAGCCUCAACUCUUCCCUGCCACUCGUCUCUUCCAGAUACUCUGCAUCCCAAAUGGUUCCCUUUUCCCUAUAUAGUGCACUACUUUUGACUAGGGCCCAUGAAGAAUAGGGUGCCAUUUCACAUACCCUCUGUCUUUUUUAAAGGGAAAAAAGCUGUUAAUCAAGGAAAGACUAUGAAUUUAUUCUGGCUCUUUGGUACCUAAUAUGGAGCUAUGAAGAAUGACCUAUUCCUUAAACGAUGGAGGCUUGAAGUGGAGUUAACCAGUUUCUGAGGGAAUCUAUUCGACUACAGAGCACUAGUUGUUGCUCACUACCUUCUCCUGACUGGCUUCUGGAGACGCCGUCGCGUUAGAAUGACGCUAUCUGACGGAAGACACUGCAUUAAACGAGUACAAAAUACUUAGACUCAUACUCUGACAUCAAAUUGCACAAGCAAUUGCACAAAAUGUCUGACAUAUAUAGAUCACAGCAGGCCAGGGCCUGAGGAGGAACAGCCCACUGGGUUUCCACUACAUUUUAACCCCAAAAGAUCUAUGUGAUGACAUUGGAUUGCCAUGGAAAACUAAUUGGAUUUGGAAAAAGUCACCAACUUUUAAACUAAAUCGAAUGACAUCAAUAUCACGUUGAAUUCACGGUAGUUGACAACUCAACCAAAUGUCAAUCAAAACUAGACGUUGAACUGAUGUCUGUGCCCCGUGGGAGGCAAGGCGCUAUGACUUAUGGUACUUAUGGUACUGAUGAUGGUAACAUUCUGACCAAGCAAUGUUUUAUAACAAUUUGGACCACAUACUUAUAUUGUGAAGUACAGAGUAACAAUAUUUUUGAAGCUGAUAGAGAAGAAUAGAGAUGGAAUACAAUGUGUCUGUAUGAGGCUUAGUCUGAGAUGUAGCAACGCAUUUGGUGGCAUGUUCCUACUCCUCCACUUACUACCUGCCUUGACAAGCAGGGUUGGGAUCAAUUCCAUUUGGUGGCAUGUUCCUACUCCUCCACUUACUACCUGCCUUGACAACCAGGGUUGGGAUCAAUUCCAUUUGGUGGCAUGUUCCUACUCCUCCACUUACUACCUGCCUUGACAACCAGGGUUGGGAUCAAUUCCAUUUGGUGGCAUGUUCCUACUCCUCCACUUACUACCUGCCUUG